UAGGCGGGCCGGUGAUGCGAAAGCGGAAAGGCGGAAGUGGAGGCCGAAACUUGGGCCUGGAGUUUUUUUUAAUCUGAAGCAGCCAAGAGAAGUGAAAUAAGAAACUGAGACUCAAGCGAAGUUGUUGCUGCUGCACGUUUCGCGUCUUUCCCAUUGUCGCUGUUUGUGUAUCAGUUCGUUGUGGGUGAACGCCCUGUUCGUGAGUUCUGAACUUGCUGAUCACUGCCUCCGGAGUUCCAGCCUUGACAUAACACUCCUGUUGAAACUUGGAGCAUUUCUGCAAGCCUCUGCACUUUAGGCCAUGGCGGGUCGGGGUGGCACGGCUCGAUCCAAUGGACCAGCCGCUGGAAACAAAAUCUGUCAGUUUAAAUUGGUUCUCCUGGGUGAAUCGGCAGUGGGUAAAUCCAGCCUCGUUUUACGCUUUGUGAAAGGACAGUUUCAUGAAUACCAGGAAAGCACAAUUGGAGCUGCCUUUCUAACACAGACAGUCUGUUUGGAUGACACAACUGUUAAAUUUGAGAUCUGGGAUACUGCUGGGCAGGAGAGAUAUCACAGCUUGGCACCAAUGUACUACAGAGGGGCACAGGCUGCCAUUGUGGUCUAUGAUAUAACUAACACAGAUACAUUUGCACGGGCUAAGAACUGGGUAAAGGAACUGCAGCGACAAGCCAGUCCAAAUAUAGUGAUUGCAUUAGCUGGGAACAAGGCUGACCUUGCAAAUAAAAGAGCAGUGGAAUUUCAGGAAGCACAAGCAUAUGCAGAAGACAACAGCUUGCUGUUCAUGGAGACAUCAGCAAAGACAGCAAUGAAUGUGAAUGAAAUAUUUAUGGCCAUAGCCAAAAAGCUGCCAAAAAAUGAACCUCAGAAUGCAGGUGGAACCUCAGGACGAACCAGAGGCGUAGACCUCCAGGAGACCAGUCCACAGAGUCGGAGCCAGUGCUGCAGCAAUUAAAUUGGUAACUGGCAGGUGUCCUCACAGAACCCGACCGGAGCCCCUUCACCACUCGUACUUACCGCAAGAGCGGCCACAGAUCGCUGCAUUGAUUCUUCACACCACUCCGAUCACCCAGGAGGAAAUCCGCCAACACUUUUUCCAUAAGAAAUAAGUUCUAAUUCUUAAAUCAACCUUUUUGCUCUUCCCUUCUAAUUCCAGUGAUGGAUGCAUGCACCAGUUAUGUUGAGCCAACUUUACCUGGGCAAUUCCUUCAUUUUCAGACUGUACAACUUGUAUAAUAUCUGGAGAGCGAAAGAUUUUUUUUUAAAGAUUAGAUGUCUUUUUGUGAAUCUGCAUAAAGAACUUAACCCCUCCAAUAAAUAUUAACAAAUUUAGAUUAAUAUGGGAAUCAGCGGUUAAAUGCUUGUGGUUUUGACCAAAUCACAAUUAUGAAUUUUGAAAGGGAUCUCUGUAUUUGUAAUGCAAGUUUUCUUUGUAUUCAAUCAGUAAACCAUUAUGUCCAUAAAGCACCUUCCAUCAUAGCUGUUUUGUUCUUCCUCUUUGUGUUCGAAAGCAUGGAGUUUUCUUUUUGGUUUCUAGUGUUAUGCACUAUUCUGUGCAAAAAUUUUUGCAAUCUGCAAGUUUCAAUGUCCAUGGAGGUGAUGUGAUGUCCCUAAUGUCAGCAAUUACAAUCUUGCACAAUGCUUGGAUUUGUGGAGAGUGUUCAGUCGUGCUUUGACUGUUGGCAAUGAAAGCAAGUUUGCCUGUGUGAGAGAUACCAGUCUGUAAUAAAAACUUCUGUAAUUUGACAAAUAAAAAUAGAGGGAGGUGCGAAUUAACUCCAGUUUGUAUUUGUUUUAUAAUAUCUAACUUUUUAAUUAUCAGCUCCAUUGGGAUUGCAUUACUUAUAGUGCAAAUGAAGACAGUUAACCAACAAUAUCAUUUGUCUAUUGAAGUAUUAACUUUACCACCUUUCGCAAAUGAAUAGCUAAUAAGACUGUUUCAAAGUAUGCUUUAAGUACAGUAUUACACACUGGAAGUGUUGAUAGAUUCUUCAGACAUUGCUGCCAGCUAGUUUUGAAAUGGGCUAAUGUGGCAAGGAUUUAGAAUGUUAACUUUGAAAACUACUUUUUAAAACUGCUAGUGAUAUUGAAACUCAAUGUCCCCAGCAGCAAAUUUUGUUUUCACUAGCUUCUGUAAUUAGUGCUAGUUUUGGGAUGUUUUGUGCUGAGUACAAGAGGGCUGGGAGUACAAGAAAGUCUUGUUGCUGUUAAAAGUUUGCAUUAAUCGCACCACAAUCUCAAACUGUAGUUUUCAAAUGAUUAUUUGUGAUUGGUAUCAAAUGUGGCUUGUACAUGCCACUGUGCAACAUCCCUUAAUGUUCUGGAAAUGAGGCACACUUUGGUAGCCAAGCACUAGUGAUUUAGUACCCUUAAAGAUAAGUGCUAAUUACUUCUAAUAAACUAUCAACUUUAAAAAAAAGUGUUGUAUCUAGCUUCCUUUUACUAACAUUGUGAACUUGCAAUAAACAAAACCACUCCAAUUUCAUGUAAGGUGCUGUGGUUUCCUGAACAAACCCAGGUUCUUUAAAUAUGCAGAGGACAUCAAUCUCUGAAAGAAUAGAAACCCACCAUUUGUGUAAGAAGCUCGAAGCAUUUAACAGCAGAUCAUAAUGUUUGGUUGCUUUCAACAUCUAAAUUUGGAGAAGUCAGGAAAUUAGCAGUCCAGUUGGUCGUGUUUGUGGUAUUAGUAAAAACAUAUCUGUUCUUCUGAUCCAAAACAUAAAUGGAAUAUCUAAGAUUGUUCCAGAUCAGUAUAUCAAAGAACCAACAGUGCAAGUCUAGUAUAAUGCAAUGAGUGGAUGAAUCUGGUAAUUAAAGGAAAAGUAAUGGUAAUGUUAGAAGUUUGGAAGUGAUCAAGGUCUUAAAUUUAAAUAAAACAAGUUUAUGGUAUGAGGUAUGGCUUUGUUAUAGUAGACUGUUAAACUACCAGUUAACUGAAUUUACAAUGUGGCCUUGUGCACAAACACUUGUCACUGGAAAACUAGUCCACCUCUGGCUAACAAAAUUUCACGAGGCUUAGUAUUGCUGAAAAGUUGAAUUAUGUUGCCAUGCAGAAUGUGGCAAGAGAAUACCAUUAUAUAAAGAAAGAGGAAGUAGAUGAAUUGUAAUCCAAUGAUAAAAAUAAAAGCAGAUUGUAAACUUUUAUACGUAUGUGAAAAGGAAACUUGGCAAAAAUUCUAUUUGGGAAUAUUAUAUUGGAAAAAUUGAAUUGAAAUUGUCAUUAUGAAAAGGUAUGAGAGACCUCUAAAAUAAAGGAUGUGAAAUACUGCAACAAAGUUUAAUGAUGCAGCCUUGACAGCUGUCUCCAUUGGAAUUUGUCUGGAUGGGUCCACUGAGAAUCAUUUCUUGCCUGUGAUUAUUAAGCAGGUUAAGAUUAAUGAGUUUUUGAAGCCAACCAAAUUGGGAAUCCUCCUUUCCCUUGGUUGACUGUUACCGUUUUUUGAUCUUUAGAUUUUGAUUCAAUGUUGCAGUGUCUAAUUCACUUAUUCCACUUGCAUUCCACAGUGCCUUAAAAAAUAUUCAGCCCCUCAACCAUUUUCACAAUUUACUCUCAUUUUCUAAAUUUAAAAUAUAUUAAAGUAGGAUUUCUGUGCUAAUUUACAAAAUUUUGUGCAUCAUGUCAAAUCAAAAGAAAAAUUCCUCUUUCCUCAAGUGCAAUACUGUAUGUUGCCUUACCAACUCACCCAAUUUCUUGAUGUGGAAAAUUGCAGGAUAGGCUAUUUUCAAAGAAUUCAUAAGAAUAAAUACCUCUGCUCUGUAAGGUCUAACAGUAUGGUGCAUUUUCAGCAGACCAUAUAAAAAUGAAGAUAAAUUAGGGAAAUAAAGGAGCACAAAUCUGGAGAAGGGUGCAAUACCAUCUCAAAGGCACUGAAAAUACCUUGGAGCUCAGUGCAAUCCAAUGUUUAAAAAAAAUGUGAAACCACAGCCACACUACCUAGGUCAGGGCACCCCUCUAAACUUAGUCACUGGAGAAUGACACAUGUAAGGCUACUGUGAUACCAACAGACACUCUGGGUGAGCUGCAGAAGUCAGUGGCUGCAACUGGAGAUGAAGUUCACAGCUCUGCAAUCUCUAAGGCCUUGUAUAAAUUUAAGAAAGAGUGACAAAGAAGUAGUUUUGGCUUUGGGAGGGGGAAGCAUAUCCUUGCCCAUAAAGACUAUAGAGUGACACUUAGAAUAUACUGUAAAGGUGUGGAAGAAGGUCUUGUGAUUAGAUGAGACUAAAGUGGGAAUUUUUGACUCCACUCUAAGCAAUAUGUGUGAUGUAAAUCUAAUACUGCACCUCAGCCAGGUAACAACAUCCCUACUGUAAAGUAUGGUAGAGGUAGCAUCAUGCCAUAGGGAUGCCUUUCAACAGAAGGGACUGGAAAUCUGGUCAGGAUUGAUGGGAAGAUGAAUGCUGCUAAGUACAAAGAAUUCCUCAAUUUAAGAACCUGCUAGCCUCUGCCAGAAAACUUAAACUGGGGAAGAAGUUCAUCUUUCAGUAAGAUAACUCAAAGCACAUUGUCAGAGCAACCGUGGAGUGGUUUCAAAUGAAAAAAAUUGAUGUCCUUGAAUAGACCAGUCAGAGUCCUGACCUUAAUCUGAUGGAUGUCUCUGGGAAGACUUCAAGAUUUCUGUUCACCACUGUUCCCCAACUAACCUGGCACAGCUUGAGCAAUUUUGCAAGAAGGAAUGGGCAAAUCUUACUCCAUCACAUUGUGCAAAACUAAUAGAUACUUAUCCAAAAAGACUACUGCUCAAGAGGUGGUUCAAUUAAGUACUGAGCAAAGGGGGAUGAAAUGCUGACAUUUCAGGUUUUGAAUUUUUAGUUUUUCAUGCUUUACAGGUUUCUUUGUUUUUGGCUCCAAUGUGAAAAAAGAACAUGUAAUUCACUAAUUUUUUAGAUGUUAAGUUGAGCAAAGUCCCUGUUCGUAAUACUCAUUUAUGUGAACAAAAGGUUGGGGGCUGAAUAUUUUACAAGGCACUGUAUUUUUUGUCUGAAGUGCUGUACUUUUAUUGAAUGUACUUUUUAUUGGUGUGAUCCUGUAUCCUCUGAUUCUAAAUGAGUAAUUUAAUGUAAAUUUCCAGACUUGUGCAGUACAGAUGUCUUGCAGGUCUAAUCUCUUCUUGGACAAUUUGAAGAUCCCAAGUUUCUCUGAUUCUUAUGCAUUUUCUGUUGGGGAUUAUCCUCAUGGUUUUUUUUCUGGUUUGCCUCCAGUCCUUAACCAGUUUGUCACCAGAACUCAGAGCAUUGUGGGCAUGUUAUGUUGGUUCCGAAUGUGUGUCAACACUUCCAGGCUGCCCUUACCACAUCCUUGGGUGUGUUGGUUGUUUACACAAACAACGCAUUUCAUUGUAUUUCUCAAUAUACAUGCGAUAAAUAAAUCUGAAUCUAAGCAA